AUGGAAGAUCUUUCUAUUGAUAUUAAAUCUGAUUUGUUGGAAAAAUUCUUAGAUAUUAAGAUGGACUUAUCCUCUUUGGCGGGGAGAUUACAGAGAAUAGAGGAUAGACAGGAAAAUGUUGACCAACAGCUACAAGACUUGAAAGUUGCACAGAUUAAGUUGACAGAAAAAUAUAACAUAAUGGAAGACAAACUACGUGAUCUUGAAGAUAGAUCUAGAAGCUUAAAUUUAAGAUUUAGAAAUGUACCAGAGGACAUUACAGAUGAAAAGCUCCUGGAUUAUCUAAAGGAGUUAUUUGACUGUUUGGGAUUAUCCUCUGAACAAUAUGAUAAUAAUCUGUCUUGGCUUCACCACCUCUUUCAAAAGAAACAGGAUCAAAAAUUCCCGAGAGAUGUUAUCGCUGCUUUUGUCUCAUUGGACUUUAAACGCAAGGUGUACCAGAGAGCAAGAAAUACAGAUAUUAAGCAAGAAAAAUUCAAGGCAAUAAAAGUAUUAACGGAUGUCUCAUUUCUUACAAGACAACAAAGAAAUGUAUUUUCGCCGGUGUUUCCUUCUUUAAAGAAAUAUAAUAUUAAAUUUAAAUGGAACCAACAAUCAGCUCUACAAAUUUACCAUAAGGACAUUUGGAAGACCUUCUCAACAUUAGAGCAAGCCUGGUUAAAAGACAAUAACUUAUAG